AUGUCGCCCCUAUUCGCAGGCGUCACUAGCAACGCCCACCAUCUCUACACGCUGCUAUCCUGCAUUGGAUUCGCGCACAAGGCCACCGUUCAAAUUACCCCGGAUGGCAUUCGGUUCUCAGUGGAGGAAGGCCGCGUCAUCCAAGGACUAGCCUUCCUCGACAAAUCUCUUUUCACCAGCUACGCGUUUAACCCAUCGCCCGACACCGAACCCGACAAUCAAAAUGAAUCACCCCAGGACAACGACGAAUCCCAAAAUGAGUUAUACCCCCAAUUUGUCGUCUCCAUCUCCGCCGUCCUCGACACCUUAAAGAUCUUCGGCAUCAACGAGCUCUCCGAGUCCAACCGAACCCGCGAGACUAGCAUUACCCAAACCCAUGCCGCCUCGUCAAGCGCAUUCAAUGCCCCCGCCCUGCUCAUGAACCGAUCUUGUACCCUGCAAUACGCCCGACAUGGUGCUCCAUUAAGCAUCACGAUCACCGAAGCCGGCGUGAAGACAACCUGCGAGCUGGUCACCUACGAACCCGACGAAGACGAAGCAGACAUCCCUCUCCAGCGCGACGCCAUCAUCAUGAAAAUCAUCAUGCGCUCCGCCUGGCUGCACAAUGCCAUAGCUGAACUGAACUCCUCAACCCCCACAGUUCUAAAAUUGUCCGCCUGUGCCAAGCGAGAACCGUACUUCGCCCUUUCCGGUGCAGGUGGUCCGUUCAGUGAAUCCACUGUCGAAUUUUCCGUUGAUCAGCAUAACGAGAUCAUCGGUGGUGCUGGCCAGGGCGCUGUACAGUCCCAAACGCAUAAGGUGCUGGCUGACGAUGGCUCUUCCCGCGCUCGCGCAACCAGAGCUAAGCUUGCUCCUACGGUCACGGAGACUUUCCUUGUUUCCCCUCCCUCUUCUAUGGGCGAUCGUAUCCAACAGAGCUAUCGUUUUGCGCUGGUUCGCAAGGCUGCAAGAGCUAUGUCUGUCGCUAAUAAAGUGAGCAUUCGCGGGGAUCGACAGGGGGUGUUGAGUCUACAGUUCAUGGUUGAACUUGAUGAUAAUAACAUCCCUGUGGGCAGAUCAAUUGGUGCUGGCAUGAAGGGCCCUAAUGGGCCAGUUUGCUUUGUAGACUUCCGAUUUGUGCCAUUGCUGGACGAGGAGGCCGAGAUGGAGAUCAAUGCAGAAAGGGAAUAA